AUUGCUUCCUUCUUUUUACAUUUAUUAUGGAGCAAAUAUAAUAAACAAAAUCGCGUAACUUCAUUGAAAAUGUAUAAGGCAACAAUCGCGUUGUACACGAUGAAAAUAUUGUUAUCAUGAUCGCUUUCUAAUAUGAUUAUGAUCAAUUAUUUGAUGAAUAUUACGCAGCAGGUGAAUUAUUUAGAUGAAUCCGAUUCGAGUCUGGCACAAGUUACACAAAAAAGUUACACAAGUUGCUGUCAAAAAUUUCUUAUGACACAUUGUUUACAUUUCUUCCUAACAACAUGCUUAAACUACGUAUUACCUCUAAUCUUGGCUAUCGUAAGUCCCCCCUUAUCGUAAUUACAGAAUUUCCAGUUUAUCGUGUAAUUACAUAAGUCUCAGUACGUGAAAAUUGUCACAAAAACCAUGGAUUCCAUAAGAUAUGGAAUAUUAACAGUUAGCGACAGCUGCUUCUAUAAUAAAAGCGAAGACAGAAGUGGUGUUGAAUUAGAACAGUGCAUCAACGAUGAACAAUCUGAUAUUGGAAAGGUUCUAAAAGGUCGAGUUUGUAUCAAAUUGAUUGUACCAGAUGAGGAGAAAUAUAUAAAGAAGACUCUAAAGCAUUGGGUACACGAAGAGGUAGACGUUAUCCUCACAGUUGGUGGCACAGGAUUUUCCAAAAGAGAUGUGACUCCUGAAGCGACUAGGCACGUAAUUCAGAAGGAGUGCCCUGGAAUGGUCAUAGCCAUGCAGAUGUCCAGUUUGAAGAUCACACCAAUGGCUAUGUUGUCUAGAGCCGUGUGUGGAAUACGAGGUAGCACGUUGAUAAUAAAUUUACCAGGAUCGCCAAAGGCAGCCAAGGAAUGUUUGAGUGCGAUAGCAUGUGCCAUACCACAUGCAGUCAAUUUAAUUAAAGAUGAAAAAGAUAAAAUAAAAAGUACGCACAUGAUUGUUCAAGGCGAAACAAACGUUAAGAAUGUCACGUAUCCACAUAAGAUUUCGUCGUGUUUAUCCAGCGUUGCUGAACGUGAUAGAGAAUCGUCAUAUCCAAUGAUUUCUAUAGAUGAAGCUAAAGAACUAAUGGUGAGAGAGGUAGAACUGGUAAACGUGUGUACAGAAUUGGAGUUGGAAAACUGUCUUGGCAAGAUAUUGGCUACUGAUCUAUAUUCCAAGUAUGAUCUACCACCGUUCAGGGCAUCUAUCAAAGAUGGUUACGCGGUUUUAGCUAGCGAUGGCAUGGGCAAAAGGAAAGUAUUGGCUGGGAUAAAAGCGGGAGACAUCGCUACCGCUAUUAAACUCGAAGCUGGCACAUGCGUGAGAGUGAAUACAGGCGCUCCGAUACCAGAUGAUGCCACUGCUGUAGUUCAAGUGGAAGAUACUAAACUUGUGGAGGAAAGCUUGGACAAGGAGGAGAGCGAAAUUGAAAUCAUGACGGAAGUCAAACCGGGACAAGAUAUUAGGCCGAUCGGUUGCGAUAUUAAGAAAGACGACUUGAUUUUAAAGAAAUAUACCAAAUUGGGAGCCAUAGAGCUUGGUUUGGCCGCAGCGUGUGGAUACAACAAGAUAACGACUACUUAUGUCCCAUUGGUUGGUGUACUAUCUACAGGGGAUGAGUUACAAUGUGCCGGCGGACCUUUGAUGCCAGGACACGUUUACGACAGCAACAAAAUCACUCUGUUAUCUAUGCUGAGAGAGAACGGAUUUGAUCCGAUCGACUUGGGCAUCGCGGCAGAUCACGAGGAGGCAAUGGUAGAGAAGAUCAGAGAUGCUGUGCAGAAGGUAGACGUCCUGAUAACGUCAGGUUCUGUAUCCAUGGGCGAUAAAGACAUGCUGAAGCCAAUACUAACAGGGCACUUCAAUGCUACCAUUCAUUUUGGACGCGUGAAUAUAAAGCCUGGGAAGCCUACUACUUUCGCGACGUGCAUGUUUAAAAACAGAAAAAAGUAUUUUCUGUGUUUACCGGGGAAUCCGGUCUCUGCGACCGUCAUUAUGCGUUUCUUUGGGUUCACGCUGCUAAAUCGGUUACGUGUAUAUGAUUGCGAGGAGACAAUAGUGAGAGCAAAACUAGCGUCAGGCUACAAGUUAGAUUCACGUCCCGAGUUCGUGAGAGCUAACUUGAAAUGGAGCGACGAGGAUACUCUGCCGACGGCUACGAUCACCGGGAAUCAGAUCAGCAGCAAAUUGCUGAGUUGUAAAAACGCAAAUUCGUUCCUGUUGUUACCGGCGCGUGGCCUGGAGGACGAGUUGCAAGAAGGAGAUGUUGUUGAAGCAUUGUUAUUAAACGUCUAACAAAUAUUUUUCUACUAAUUUCACAGAUUUAUAUUGUAUCAAGCAUUGAAUAGUGAAUAUUCGUACUGUAUGUAUUCCGUUGAAUAUUAAUUAAUAAUAAAUUUGUUUUGUUUUCCCACGAAA